AUGGCAUCUGAAUCCUCUAGCCUCUCAGUCACUUCACAAAAUCAUGGUGAUUCUUCCGAAACAAAAAACAUGGUGGACAAAAAGGAGCUUAAACAAGGUCAAUCUUCAAAUUCCGAUUCCAACAUGCCUAUUGAUUUUGUGAAGCUAUUGAAAGAGGAUUCGAUUGACGGGUCAAAGGUGCAAGAGCACAAUUUUUUUAGCCCUAUUCAAGUUGGUGGUUCAUCGUCCCAUUUUCCACAUACCGACGAAAAAACGAAGAAAGACGAGAAAACCAUUGAAGAAAAAAAUUCGGAGUCAAAGACAUCUUACUCAUGUAAUUUUUGCAAAAGAGAAUUUUCUACUUUACAAGCGUUGGGAGGGCAUCAGAACGCCCAUAAGGCAGAACGUGCUUUACAAAAGCAACGUGAACAAAGGUACGAAAAUGAUGCUUUAGGGUUAGGACAAACACACUUGAACCCUUAUUUUCGUUAUCCUAGUGCUCUUUAUUCACCUUAUGGAUCACUUGGUGUUCGAAUGGACUCCAUGAUUCAAAAACCAUCUUUUUUUAAUCCAAGGGUUACAACAAAUAAUUUUUCAUAUGGUCAUGGUGGUGUGUGUUUGCAAGAGACAUUAAACCCUUUUCUUGUUAGUUUGAGAAAUAAUAUGGAAGGUAGUAGCAGGAUUGGCCUUCUAGGUCUUGGUGGUGCAACUUCUUCUAAGAUUGAAAAUGGUGCAACUAAUAAAAUUGCUGCUUUUCUAAAAUUUGGAGAGUCUUCUAAAGAUGUUGCCACAAGUUCAAACUCAAUCAUAGAGAAGAAUUUUUUUGUGGCUCCUGCUCCUAUCAAAGAUGAAAUUCAUCAACCAAAGUUCAACAUUGAAGAAGAACCUUCCGAUUCCGAAUCUUCUGGGCUUGAUUUAACACUUAAGCUUUGA